AUGCUGAAAAGGUUUUCAACCAUCCGCAAGGACAAAGAGAAGGAGAAGGAUAGCAGCAAGUCGACCGACGGAGCAGCCACCGAAGCACCUGCAGCACCUACAAGCACAACAGCUACACCAGCACCAGCACCAACACCAGCUGCUGCAACUACAGAACCAGCAAAGAUGGCAUCGCAACCAACAGAGACUCCUGUCUCGCCCGUCUCGCCAACAGCGACGACUAGGCAGUCGACGCUUGUCAGUGUCGCAAGCGACGAGGCCGUUCCGGAGACUGACCCCAAUACUACUGCCGGCCUCUUGGCUGAGCGCUUGCAGGCAUGGAAGCAUGCCGUCAUCUACCUCGAGGAGUACUUCGAGGCUGUUGAGAAGCUUCACAAGGCCCAGGCGAAGGAGUAUGAGAGAGUUUUGAAGACCAUCUCUAAGCCCCUUAGAGAGGGUGACCACUUCGACCAAAGCCUGGGCGGCGUCGCCGGCUUCUUCGAGAACAUGCGUGUCAACACCCAGGCGCUGAUUAACUCGAACCUCGAGACAGAAAAGAACAUUAAGGGCACCGCUCUGCCGAUCGUGGAGCGCUUGCAUAAGGAGAUCAAGCACAAGGCCAAGGAGCUAGCCCACGGUGCCGAGAAGGCUGCCAAGGAGGUCGAGAAGGCGCGCAACACGACCCAGAAGCAGAUCGAGUUGCUCGGCCAGCAGACUGCCGCCUUCGAGGCCACCGGCGGCAAGCUCGGCCCGACCGAGGACCCGUACGUCGUUCAGCGCGGCGUUCUGCACCGCCUGAGCAAGCAGGUCAUCGAAGAGAACAACGCCCACAACGAUCUGAUCUCUGUGCAGAACAACUUCGAGACCUUUGAGAAGCACGUCGUCGAGGUGCUGCACCAGGCCAUGGAGACCUUCAACUCCUUCGCCGGCGGCCAGGCCCUUAAGACGCAGGCCCUCUUCGCCGACAUGCUCGGUGCUGCCCAGCGCAUCCCGCCCAACUUCGAGUGGAACGCAUUCGUCAAACGCGCCGGCGACAAGCUGGCUGACCCCAACGAGCCGCCCCGCACCGUCGAGGCCAUCACCUUCCCCAACAUGAACCACCCGUCUACCAAGCCCCUAAUCGAGGGCUCCCUCGAGCGCAAGUCCCGUAACAAGCUCUCCUUCGGCUACCAGACCAGCUACUACGUCGUCACGCCCUCUCGCUUCCUGCAUGAGUUCAAGGACGACGACUUCCAUCGCCGCGAUCCCGUCCCUGAGCUAUCCAUCUACCUGCCCGAUGCCGUACUCUCGACCCCUCAGGGCGAAAAGUUCACCGUCAAGGGCAAGGAUAAGUCUGGCCACAUGGGCGGCAAGCUAGCUGGCACUACCGAGCUCAACUUCAAAGCGCACUCGCCGUCGGAAGCCGAGAAGUGGUAUGAGGCGCUGAGGAAGGCGGCCACGGCCCAGACGGUUGUCGAGGCUACUGCCCCGGCGCCGACUGCUGAGGAGAAGCCUAAGCCGGUUGUUGCUGUUGCCGCGCCGGCCCCGGCCCCGGCUGAGGAAAAGAAGCCUGAGCCGGAGCCCCAGGAGAGUGGGAUUACCACUGUGGCUCCCGAGUCGGCUCCCGUGGAGGAGAAGGAGGCUGCGGCUGCUGCCGCUGCGCCGGCCGAGAAGGUUGCUGAUACCAAGGCUUAA